GGGAGUUCUGCGCGCUGCGACUGGCAAACCCGCCCAGGCCCGGACCGUUCUCACUUUCAUUUAGCCCUGCACUCCAUGGAGGGGCGGACUCGCCAGGGCUUGAUGCAGUCUCACUAGUGUAGGAAAACGGCUCAACUCUCCCCGCCGCCGAGAUGAAGUAUAAGAAUCUUAUGGCAAGGGCCUUAUACGACAAUGUCCCAGAGUGUGCUGAGGAACUGGCCUUCCGCAAGGGAGAUAUCCUGACUGUCAUAGAGCAGAACACAGGAGGACUGGAAGGAUGGUGGCUCUGCUCCUUACAUGGUCGACAAGGCAUUGUCCCAGGCAACCGGGUGAAGCUUCUGAUUGGCCCCAUUCAGGAUACCCCCUCCAGUCAGGACCAGCCUACUUCUGGGCUAAUGCACCAGACCUUUGGCCAACAGAAGCUCUAUCAAGUGCCAAACCUACAUGGUGCCCCUCGAGACACCAUCUACCAAGUACCACCUUCCUACCAACAUCAGGGAAUUUACCAGGUCCCCACUAGCCAUGCUACCCAGGAACAAGAUGUGUAUCAAGUACCACCAUCAGUGCAGAGAAGCAUUGGGGGAGCUAAUGGUCCCCACUUAAGCAAAAAGGUGGUAACCCCCGUGAGGACAGGCCAGGGCUAUAUGUACGAGUACCCGUCCAGAUACCAAAAGGACAUCUAUGACAUCCCUCCUUCCCACGCCACACAAGGGGUGUACGAUAUCCCUCCAUCAUCAGUGAAAGGCUCUGUGUUUUCAGUCCCAGUGGGAGAGAUAAAACCUCAAGGCAUCUAUGACAUCCCUCCUACUAAAGGGGUAUAUGCCAUCCCACCCUCUGCUUGCCGAGAUGAGGCAGGGCUUAGGGAAAAAGAGUAUGAUUUCCCCCCUCCAGUGAGACAAGCUGGAAGGCUGGACGUCAGACCCGAGGGCGUCUAUGACAUCCCCCCAACCAGCUCCAAGCCGAUGGGGAAGGACCUUCACAUAAAAUAUAACUGUGAUGCUCCGGGAGCCGCUGACCUGGCGACACAAAGACACCAAAGCGUCUCGCUGAACCACCCGCCCUCACAGCUGGGACAGUCCCUGGGUCCCCAGAACGAUGCCUACGACAUCCCGCGAGGGGUUCAGUUUCUGGAGCCGCCAACAGAAACCAGUGAGAAAGCAAACCCUGAAGAAAGAGACGGUGUGUAUGACGUCCCUCUGCACAACCCCCCAGAUGCCAAAGGCUCUCAGGACGUAGUCGAUGGUAUCAACCGGUUAUCUUUCUCCAGCACGGGCAGCACCAGGAGCAACAUGUCCACAUCUUCCACCACCUCCAAGGAAUCUUCUUUGUCGGCCUCCCCAUCUCAGGACAAAAGGCUCUUGCUGGAUCCAGACACAGCCAUCGAGAGGCUUCACCGGCUCCAGCAGACCCUGGAGAUGGGCGUCUCCAGCCUCAUGGCGCUGGUGACCACAGACUGGCGGUGUUAUGGAUACAUGGAACGACACAUCAACGAGAUCCGCACGUCUGUGGACAAGGUGGAGCUGUUCGUGAGGGACUACCUCCAUUUUGCUAAGGGAGCUGUAGCAAAUGCUUCCUGCCUCCCCGAACUCAUCCUCCACAACAAAAUGAAGCGGGAGCUCCAAAGAAUGGAAGACUCCCACCAGAUCCUGAGCCAGACCAGCCAUGACUUAAAUGAGUGCAGCUGGUCCCUGAAUAUUCUGGCCGUCAACAAGCCCCAGAACAAGUGUGAUGACCUGGACCGGUUUGUGAUGGUGGCAAAGACAGUGCCCGACGAUGCCAAGCAGCUCACCACAACCAUCAACACCAACGCAGAGGCCCUCUUUAGACCGGGCCCUGGCAGCUCGCCUGUGAAGAGUGGGUCCGAGAACAUCAUGAACUCCACGGAGUACCCACAUCCUGCAUUGCAGAUGCAGCUGCUACAUCCUGGGGACCACAAGGCCCAGGCCCUCCACAAGCCACUGCCCCCAAGCCUGGGCAAGGACCAGCCUCCUGACUGUAGCAGCAGUGACGGCUCUGAAAGGAGCUGGAUGGAUGAUUAUGACUACGUCCACCUACAGGGGAAGGAGGAGUUUGAGAGGCAACAGAAAGAGCUGCUGGAAAAAGAAAAUAUCAUCAAACAGAACAAGAUGCAGCUGGAGCAUCAUCAGCUAAGUCAGUUCCAGUUGUUGGAACAAGAAAUCACCAAGCCCGUGGAGAACGACAUCUCCAAGUGGAAGCCUUCUCAGAGCCUCCCGACCACAAACAGCAGCGUGGGCGCUCAGGAUCGGCAGCUGCUCUGCUUCUACUACGACCAGUGCGAGACCCAUUACAUCUCCCUCCUCAACGCCAUCGACGCCCUCUUCAGCUGCGUCAGCUCGGCCCAGCCGCCCCGCAUCUUCGUGGCCCACAGCAAAUUUGUCAUCCUGAGCGCACACAAACUGGUGUUCAUUGGGGACACGCUGACAAGGCAGGUUGCGGCCCAGGACAUUCGCAACAAAGUGAUGAACUCCAGCAACCAGCUCUGCGAGCAGCUCAAGACGAUCGUGAUGGCGACCAAGAUGGCGGCCCUCCAUUACCCCAGCACCACGGCCCUGCAGGAGAUGGUGCACCAAGUGACAGACCUGUCCAGGAACGCCCAGCUCUUCAAGCGUUCUUUGCUGGAGAUGGCCACCUUCUGAGAGGAGAAGGAGGGAAAGCGGGGACUGAGUGCGCUACUAAGGAAAACUGGAAAUGCUAUCUGGUUUUUGUAAAUGUUAUCUAUUUUUGUAGAUAAUUUUAUAUGAAAAUGAACUAUUUUAACAUUUUAUGGGUUAGACAACAUUCAGAAAUUCAGGGAGCUAGAGGGGGGAUUUUUUUUUUUCCUGUGUGGUUCUUAUGUAAACACAGAAGCAUCUAAGGCAUAAACUGUACAGAAACUGGUCCACGUGCGUGUGUAUGCCUGUGUAUUGGUGUUCGUUUGUAGCUGUUUGUCCAAUACAUUCCAUUAGAAAACAUGAAUGAAGAAGCACCUUAGUAAGCACGUCCUAAUGCUGCUUUUUUUUUUUUUU